AUGCGUGAUGAAAAGGCUGAGAGCUUCAAAUGGGUAUUCAAGGAGUUCUUGGCACUAAUGGGUGGGGUGCAGCCGCAGACAAUACUGACAGAUCAAUGCAAGGCGAUGGAGAUUGCUAUCAAUGCAAUAAUGCCAGGGAUUACACAUCUUUGGUGCAAAUGGCAUGUGUUUAAGGAUGCAAGGAUAGAGCUAGGCCCAUUGUACAGGAAGAAUGCAGCUUUUCAGGAUGAGUUCCACAAGGUUAUUACUGAGAUGUACACUGUUGAUGAAUUUGAAAAUGCUUGGGGUCAGAUGGUGGAAAAGUAUGGGCUGAAAGAUCAUCACUACAUGGUGAAGGCUUAUGACAAGAGGAAAAAGUGGGCAAAGGCGUAUAACAAAGGGAAGUUUUGUGCACGAAUGACAAGCACACAAAGGUCAGAGAGUGCAAACCAUAUGUUGAAAGGGGUUGUCCCAAGGAAUUCAUCAAUGAAUAGGUUUGUAGAAAUUUGA